ACCUCGGCCUUGGAGGAACAUCGUCGAAGAUGAAGGCCUGCUGUCUGGUCCUACUGACUCUCUCCUUGGCGGCGGCGUGGACGCCCCCGGACGGCUGUGGACGGCCGGUCAUUCAGCCUCUUCUGGAAGCCGAAGACCGCAUCGUGGAAGGCGCCGAUGCCGUGCCCGGCAGCUGGCCAUGGCACGCCGGCCUGCACUUCAACCCCUUCUUCGACUCCCUGUACUUCUGCGGAGCGGUGCUCAUCUCGGACCGCCUGGUGCUCACGGCGGCGCACUGCGUCACGUUUAACACGCCACAUGGCACGAGAGUCCACCUGGGCUCGCACACCAGGGAGACCAGGGACGCAACGGAGGUCGUCAUGCCGGUGGAGCACAUGUGUAUGCACCUCGAUAAAAAGAAGGACAUUGCCAUCGUGAAGCUGGCUCAAAAGGUGAACUUCACGGACUUUAUCCAGCCCGCGUGUCUUCCCGAGGCCGACAGCGAACUGCCGGACCGGACUGAGCUCUACGUCACGGGCUGGGGAAACACCAUCGAGGGUGAUCCAGAAUCUAUGCCGGACGUGCUCCAGCAGACCAAGACGCUGAGUGUGGCCAAUAAUCGCUGUGCGGAGGAGUAUUCUGUCGACAACGACGACGAAAUCUGCACUUCGCACGACUUCGGCUCCACCUGCAACCGCGACAGCGGGGGCCCCCUGGUGCGGAAGGACGACAGCGGCGCCUGGGUGCUCGAGGGGCUCGUGGCUUCCGGCCCCAAGUUGUGCCGGAGCUGGAAGCACAGGGCCUUGCGCUACACCAAGCUCUCCCACUUCGUGUCCUGGAUCGACGACUACAAGAGGGCCGAGGAGAGCGGCCAGGACCUGAGCGCCUUCUGCCAGAUGGCUCCCGACUUCGACAGGGACAUAUAGACGGUUGCUGAAGACAUUGCACAUGCGCGGUAGUCCGUCUUUACCAGAGCAGUUAUGUGCAUAAAAAUGUGAAUGGAUGGAAGGACAUGGUUGAAGCGUUGUAAUCGGGCGACGGCUUGCGCCACCUAGGCAGUGUUAUUAUUUUAAAACAAAAUUAAGGUUAGACCUAUAACCCUAUAUUAGUAUCCUUUUUUUUUUUUUUUAUUCCUCAGUCGGAAGCGCUACCCCUGCAACUCUCUGUUUAGAUGUCAUGUAAAUAAAUAAAUAUGACGUGAUUAAAAAGAAUUAGUUUGGUCUUAGUUUUUGCAACUCAACUUGGGCUUGCUAUUUUGUUCCAUCGGACCCCGCUAGUUCUUUUUUCUUUGCCCACUUAUGUUUUUCUAGUGGUCCUGUUUGUUUGCUUUCAUGUCGACUACUGCUUCUGUAUAAAAAAAUAGGCAUCUUUUAAUUGCCACACUAAAGUAAGCGCAUUAUUAAGUUACCUGACUAAUUAAAUAAAUUACUACACACAACAAAAAAAAGGUUCAUAUUACUGCCAGUUCUGUAGUUGAUUGGCCCAGUUGGCUCCUCAAAAGACGAAAAAUAACUAAACAAGAUAUGUCGCUCCCUUGCAGACUUGUAAAAGAUGCUCAGAAAAAGUACUUAACUUAGGCUAAAAGGUAACCGAGUAGAGUACCCAAAUUCCAAACGUAUCCGAGUAGAGUACUAAAUACUCCCAAAAGUAACUCCUUACUUCCAAGAUGUUCUCAAUUACAAAUUGUUGUAAAAUAAGUCACACAGUUGUUCGAAAUAAAAGAAAACAU